GGUACUCUGUUUUAAAUGGUGUAGAAAUACUUUUUGGAUCCACUGUAAUUCUUUUUCUUUCUAUCAUUUCAGUUAAUUUUUAAUUGCAGAACAAUAUACUCACUGAUUUUAAUUCUUUUUAUCAUGACUUUAUAUCUUUCAAAAUCAGUCAUUAAUCGCUUUAAUUAAUAACCAUUCGUUUUGCAUAAUGAAAAUUAAUGAAACGUUUAUGCAGCUCUUUUCAUCGUUAAAAAUUAAAGCUUUAAACUUUAAAUUGAUAGACCACAAAUGUUAUAUUUUACUAUCUUCUGUCUUUGAAAUCUAUGGCUAAGUUUAUUUUGAUUUGUUCAAUUUUUAUAGAGAUGCUAGGAACUUAACGCGUUCGUUAUGUACUCGCACGUACACCCUUGCACCGGUCGAGUUUCAUUUAAGCGGUUUUAUCGCGAUACUGAGAAACAGAGAGGACGUUUUAAAUUUAUGGGUCGACGGUCGAGCGAUGGAUGUGGCUGCUGCUAUACGGGAUAUAGCGGUGCAGAGAUCGAUCGUGCGAUCGUACGUGAUAAAAAAGUGCAAGCUACCGUGCAUGGAAAAGUGCCUUCAACCGUGGAAACAAAUUUCACAUCGUUACGUCGGUUGUUCUUUCAGAUUCCGGAUCUCUCGUCCCCUCCCUCCUGCCGAUGGAUCCCUUAUUUAACCCUUUGACGGCCGAGGAGAUCUAUGGUUCCGCGAUCCUUUCGUUUCUUUUCCGGAUUGCCGCAGCACCUGGCCGUCAAAGUAUCAAGGAGAAAGGAAAAUCUUUCAUUUUCAUUUUAUAUACGUUCAAGUUUUAUUCGUUCGAAGGAUGUAAUGGUAAAAAUAAACAGGAAAAGAUUUUAUCGAACGAAUCGGCAGGCGGAUACGCGACGAGGGAAAAGGAAGAUGGAAAACUCUUUUAUAGUUUUUCAAUGCGGCGUUUUAGAACUUCCGGUACAUUGCGUAGAGGCAAUCGAUCUGAGAUUCUAAUAAUAAGUCAGACACGAUUAUCCCGGACGAUAAUCUUCCCGCGAAGUAGGGUAUAUUGUUUCAUUAUUUUAUAAUAGACCGUCGAUAAGUUUUUUUAUAUGUUAAACGCAAGAGAAAAACCGUUUCUGCAUACCGUGUAUGCUGAUUUAUAUAUAUUUUCUACGUAUAAGAAUCUCCUCGUGAUCUUCUGUGAUUUUUCUCAUUUUGUAAUUACAAAUUUGUAUAGUGUUACCAUUGUAACGAUAUAAAUAUAAUGUAUAUAUUAUAUGUUAUAUUUGUAUGUAUGUACAUGUGUAAAGGAAAGAAUCGAAUUUCGAUGAUAUGUACAUGCAGUUGUAUCAUAAUCGUUAUUGUCUUUAUCUUAAGGCACAAUAAUACGGGAAAAAAAAAGAAACAUGAAUGACUUUUCGUACAAUUUUAUUGUUAGGGGGGCACGUGUGUGCUGUGUUUCGUUAUAAAACGAAGUACAUCAUAAUAUUGCGAUGACAAGGUGUUAACACUUCAGCCUAAGGGCUUCACGAGAAUACCUGUGACCCUUUGGCUGGCAACCACUUCCGGUCGCCGGGUCUCUGUUAUGUAAUUGACGGGAUUAAAUGCAAAGGGAUGGAGAUUUUAUGCCUUACUAUAUGGCUCAAUGCUCGAGCGAAUAUUAGUGCCAAAAACGUGUAACUAAUUUUAGAACUUUCCAAGUAUCCAUUCAUGCGAUACCGCGUGCUCUGUCAGAGUUAUUGAAAAAUUUUUACAGAUUUACACCUCUUGCAAUUAAUACCGUCAAAAAUUCCUUGUCCCCUGCAUUCUGUUAUUUUUCAGAAAUUUUUUAAAAUAGAUGUUUUAAAUUUUACUGCAGAUCUUUUAUAAUACGGAAAUUACGAAAGGAUUUUACGCGUUCCCCCCUUUAUUUCGCGCCAAAAAUGGCGCAUCCUUGUUCUCCGACAAGCGCCCUCUUUAGGAAGAGUUUUGUAGUUAAACGUUUGAAAUUCUCAGGGUCAAUUCCUUUCACCGGAUAUAGGUUAUUCGUAUCGUUCGUGAUAGCGUGUAUUAUUUUGUAAUUAAACAAAUUGUGCGAGUGCAUUAAUCAUAUAUACCGUUUUGUAUUGCGUACAAUGAUAAUCGAGCAUUGUUGUAUCAUAAUUGAUUUCCAUUUGGACUGUGCGUCCGCAUGGCUGGCUUCCAAAUGUAGCUGCCAACGGUAGGAACAUUGUUGCGAGCUUUGCUUCAGCUUCUUUAGACAGUUUAUAAUUAAAAUAUUGAGAGAGAGAGACGUACAUGACGAAGGGUUACAAUUGUGGUUUUAAUCAAUAUCGAGUUGCAUAUAGGUAACAUUUUGUCUUUUAUGAUCAGAGAUAUUUGUUUUUCGUUUGCAAAAUCAAAAUACAAAGUGGCUGACGCGUGCCACAAUGUUAAGGGUUAGUGAUCGAACACGCAGUACCGCGUGAGUGAAUAUAUUGACAAUUUAGUAUACAGUAGUAAACUUGUUAAUUACUAAUUUGUAUAUAGAUUUUGUUUAUGAUAGAAAGGAUAUUUUCAGUUUCUAACAUAUCAGUCCUACAUUUUUAGUACGUAACCUUACGUCGUGAUCGUGGCAGAGUGCGCUGACUUGCACCGGUCUGAUCUUAGUCGGUAAUUCAGUUCCGUAGGUAUCGAUGCAUUUGAAAAAGUCUCGAGAUACCGUUAAAAAGUUCGAUAACUCUCGACUAUUUUCAAUUUCGAACGAACCGUUGAAGCCUGUACUCUUCGACUCCAAUAAUCCUUUCAUUGGCCAUGGAAAUGAAUUUCGUUUGUAGGAAACUGGAGACAUGAAGGGUUAUACGAUUGCUGAGUCUCCAUUUUGAAAUUAUAUGACCGGUAUUUUGUCAAGAAACGAAGAAACAAAGUAGAUAAUAAUAAUGAGGUUUGAGCAUAUGCAAUAUGGUAUUUUGUCAAGAAACGAAGAGACAAAGUAGAUAAUAAUAACAAGGUACAAUCAUAUGCAAUAAGUUUCCUCGUUAUAUAGGACAACUGGUAAUUUGCAACCGUUCUCCAUUUUGUGAAAAUGGAAAAAUGUAUGACGUCAUAAAGGAAAUAUUAUUUCAGUUUUCAACGCGUUCUUCGUUCGCGUGUUCGAAAUAGACGUGGCAGAGAAAAGGAAAUAAGACAAUCCGAGGCAGAUGAUAACUUUCGCCCAAGAAAAACCACUUCAUAAUGGUUAACUGAACAACUUAAAAAAAAAUAAAAUUGGAACAGCAGAAAACCAACGGGGAUUGCGUGCAAAUGCUGUUACAGGCGUGGUUCAUAUUUCUAAUCAACUUAAUGUACCUUCAUUAAUUAAUACAUAAGUUUAUAUGCAGGAUUCUUCCAUAUUCAACCUAGCAUGACGUAUUAUGAAGUUUUAAUUACUAUCUUCUUUCUGCACGGUUGAGGAGCUUUGAAAAAUUCUGCUUCCACGAGUUCACGAAAAAAUCGUGCAUUUCUUGUUCAGACGCAUUCAUUUUGAAAUCAACAAAUAGGUACUCGACCCGUUGCAAGGAAAUUGACCUUCAAACAUGCGGAUAAAGUGGACGACACUCGAACCGUUCUCCCACCUUCACGAUGCUUAUCAACGAUUGUUCGAUUCUUUUCGCCACGAGCUCGCGGAAACGGCAAAAUUUCGAAAGACAUUGCCCUUCCAGAGGCCAAGUUGGCGCCGUUUUCUCGUUCGUCAACGACGUUCACGGAAACGUGCAUGUGCAUAGCGAUGGCACUGAUCUUCUCAUCCCAUUAGUGUCCUCGUAGGAAAAAUUGCAGAUACUUUCGGCGCGGUCAGUAGAGGAGGAAGGAGUAUAUCCACGCAAAAUGGGGAAUCGCAAGUUCUGUCAGUGGCCUCUCGGACGUGGAAGCGUGGACUUGGCGAAUCGUGGCGUUUGUUUUUUUUCAUACAAUUUCACGCGGCUUUAACAAUUGCUUGUUCGAGUGUUACCGCAUUGUUUGCUCUGUUGUGGUGUAUUCGAAGUGUUAUUCUUCGAUGCGAUCCUAAGCUGAUCGCAUCGUCUCGAAUCACGAAACGCAAAGAAGCAUGGACCAGUUGACGAAACGUUGACACGUUAUCCAAGGAUGUUCGGGUGAAGGAUCCGCGGGCGGAAUUCAGGAUACGCGACCGGUGGUCGAUGGUCCUUAGGUUCGUUCAUCUCCCGACGAAAUCAUGCUAUCGGCAUGCGGCAGACUGGCGCACUUCAAGAAGAGAUUAAAGGCUCGCGAGCUGGAGCUUCGAAAAACAAACCGCGUAUUCGGUGGAUAAGAUGAGCAAGAGCGUCGAGCUACUCGCUGGGUCGGAGGACAGUGAACAGAUAACAGUGGAUAACAGCCGCGUGGAGGAGAGAUCCAGACUGAACUUGAACGGGAGCCGUCAGCUCUCGAAAAGCGCCACGGAGCUCCGGAACAACGACAACAGUUCACCGUCACGACGCGGUGAACAGGGUGAAUCGAGCGUCGUUCAUCACCACCGGCAUCAUCGUCACGCCACCUCGGUGGCUCAACGUACGCACACAUUUUUCGCGACUUUGAAGAGUCGCUGGACACGAAGCAGGAGCAAAGAACGUAAAAAGUCGAAGGAUGCUGGAAAUCUCCUCUCUCAGGAUGUACCUUACAGAUCUGGUGGCGUCGAAUCCGACUAUGCCGCCGAUUACUCCUCUGAACACAGUAAAAGCUCAUCAGCCACUCAGAGUCCGGCCAGGCAUUGUCUCAAUCAUCCAGAAUCACCGUUGGUGCGCGGAGGAAGGUCGAACGUCGUGACGAGAACGGAGGAUAGUCCUGGAAAAUGUAGUGAUACCCGUUCGAAAGGAUCCUUGAGCUUCCAGGCGUCCAGGGACUCGCACGAGGAGGCUCGAGGUUCUGCCAGCCAGGACGAUAGCGCGUUUAUUCUGGAGGAAACCGCGCGGAGACGAGAGUUGGCAUUGAGACAGCAUGCUUUUUUCCAGCUUCGUUUGCACAUCAGAAGAGGGGCGAGUCUCGUUGCUAUGGAUAGAUGCGGUGCAAGUGAUCCUUACGUGAAAGUGAAAUCUGCGGGUCGAUUAUUGCACAAGUCGCGAACCGUUCAUCGCGACCUAAAUCCCGUUUGGGACGAAAGCGUGACCCUGCCUAUAGAAGAUCCUUUCCAGCCACUCACGUUCAAGGUCUUCGACUACGACUGGGGUCUGCAGGAUGAUUUCAUGGGGGAGGCACAAUUGGAUUUGACGCAGAUCGAACUUGGCCAGCCGCAGGAUGUCGCGUUGGAGCUGAAGGAUCACGCCAGGCCGAAGCAACAUCUUGGAGAAAUUUAUUUGUCCGUCACUCUGUGGCCGAGAAAUCAACAGGAGAAAGAACAGUACUUCCAACGGACCAAUCGAUUGGCAGACGUAAAUAGACGGUUGAAGUCACAAAUAUGGAGCUCUGUGGUGACAAUUGUUCUCGUCGAAGCGAAAAAUCUUCUACCAAUGGAUAUAGAUGGUCUCUCGGAUCCCUACGUCAAGUUUCGUCUGGGUACAGAGAAAUACAAGUCGAAGGUGGUGCACAAGACUUUGAAUCCAGUUUGGUUGGAGCAAUUCGAUCUUCAUCUAUACGAGGAUCCCUAUUUAGGCCAGGAAUUGGAGGUAACAGUGUGGGACCGUGAUAAAAGCCAUCAGGACGAUUUAAUGGGAAGGACGGUGAUCGAUUUGGCGACCCUCGAACGAGAAACCACUCAUCGCCUGUGGCGAGACCUCGAGGAUGGUUCUGGGAGCAUUUUUCUCUUGUUAACCAUUAGCGGUACUACAGCCAGCGAAACUAUCAGCGAUUUAGCUGCUCACGAAGAAACACCGCGUGAAAGAGAACAAUUAUACCACAGAUAUUCGUUGAGGAACUCGUUGCAGAGGCUAAGAGACGUUGGUCAUCUAACAGUUAAGGUAUUCAGAGCUCAGGGUCUGGCCGCGGCGGAUCUAGGGGGAAAGAGCGAUCCUUUCUGCGUCCUGGAACUCGUGAACGCCCGAUUACAAACACAAACGGAGUACAAAACCCUCGCUCCGAAUUGGCAAAAAAUCUUCACGUUCAAUGUGAAGGAUAUUAAUUCGGUGCUAGAGGUAACGGUGUACGACGAGGACAGGGAUCAUAAAGUAGAGUUUCUGGGCAAGGUUGCCAUACCCCUUCUGAAGAUAAGAAACGGCGAGAAACGAUGGUACGCGUUAAAGGACAAAAAAUUAAGGGGUCGAGCAAAGGGUAAUUCCCCUCAGAUACUUCUCGAGAUGAAUGUGGUCUGGAACGUUGUCAGAGGCUGCGUACAAACGCUUAAUCCUAAGGAAAAAAAAUAUAUGGAGCCAGAGAUCAAAUUCAAGAGACAAGUUUUUCUACGUAAUGUUCUCAGGCUGAAAGCGAUUAUCGUUAUCGUAAUCGACAUCGGAAAAUACGUGCAGAGCUGCUGGGAAUGGGAAAGUAAAAUGAGGAGCAUCGUAGCGUUCGUUUUUUUCAUUUUGGGUUGCUACUACUUUGAGCCUUACAUGUUCCCUGGAGCAGCUUUACUAAUUUUACUGAGGUAUUAUCUGCUUUACGGAGAUGGAAGUGGACUGAAUCAAUGGAUUUCCGGACAGGUCUCUGCGAUAACUGGCACGCCCUUAUCGCAUCACACGAGCUCUCAUUACCAUGACGAAAUCGAUGAAGGGGCAACUACUCCAGGAGAUGACGACGACGACGAUGAUGAUAAAGAUAAAGAAGAGAAGAAGAGUUUGAAAGAACGACUGCAAGCGAUCCAAGAAGUAACCCAGACAGUUCAGAAUUCGAUUGGUUACAUAGCCAGUCUCUGCGAGAGGGUGAAGAACCUCUUCAAUUUUACUGUCCCUUAUCUCAGUUACGUAACGAUGCUUUUGACAAUUCUCGGGGUUGCGGUUCUCUACUUCAUUCCCCUUAGAUACCUGAUCCUAGUGUGGGGCAUCAAUAAAUUCUCCAGGAAGAUCUUCCGGCCUCACUCGGUACCGAACAACGAGGUUCUUGAUCUCAUAUCUAGAGUACCCGACGACGAGGAGCUUCUUAAUUACAGGGAGUUGAAGCCUUUACCGACGGCCGAUUGCGAGAGAGCUAGUACCUCAGGCAGUCCGGGUCCUUCGAAUUUGACUCGAAGAGAACAAAGGAAGAGGCAAAAGGCCGCGUAGCAGCAUGCCCCGCGGCCAGAAGUCGCGGGUCUACGAUCACCGAACAUCCUGAGGACCGUCCUGAUGCGUCGUAAAAUGCGACAACGUAAGGAAUCAACGGAGAACCUGGAUGUGAUCGACAUAGACUGAGAAACGUUCGUUUCCACGUUCGUAGUCUUAGCUAGGGGGAUGACGUGUUUCUAGUUUUCAAUCUUUCUGAUCGUGUACGAACAUCUGGAGUGGUAUGUCUUCGAAGUCAGUUCGUUAUGCGCUAAUUUAACCCUUUGACUGUAUAUGCUGUCACACGACCAUUGUUAUGCAAAAGGAUAUAUAAUUUUUACUCGUUUCAGCACAGUUUCUAUUUUAUUAAACUAAUAUGGCGUUAGACAUAUUGUUAUUUUAUAUUUGAUUAAUAAUAAGCCUUAGUCAAAGGGUUAAAGCAUUCACGAGAAAGAUCAAUCGCCUUAUGAACAAGUUCAGGAACGUUAAUAGUAGGAAUAGAACCGACCCGAGUGUUGAUGUACCAAAAAUAUUUGAGAUUAUAGACGAGAAUAUAUAUAAUAAUUAUAAUGAUCGUUAAUCAUGGUUAAAAAGUUACCAGCGAGGUGAUAUUUUGAAAUUCUUAAUUACAAUUUAGGAAAAUGAAAUCGAGUUAAUACGAUUAUCGAAUUUUUCUGAGGCAUACCACGCAAAAUUGUUGAUAGUUCUCCAUUCGAUAGAUUCGAGUAAGUCUACAAUAAUUACAUCGAGAUUAAAACGGUGUAUUUUUCACCUAGCUAGUCUUUUUUGAAACGUAAACGUGUGGUAGAGAAAAAAAACGUCUAUUGUAGUCUUCUCAAACAGCUCGGUUGAUUGUGAAACCGUGUGCGAUCGUCCAGCGAGAGGAAAAUCGAAAUCAAUAAUUGAUGAAAGAGUCUUAUAAGCAGAGUGCAGAUGUUUGUCUAUAAUAAUUCAUGAAAUUUCUUUAACACAUUUCACUGCCACAUCAUCCAUGUCAUGAAUAUUAAGUAGUUGGAAAGAAUAGGUACUGGAAAGAACGAAUUAUUAGAAUAACACGUUGCAAAAUCAAGUUUUAGAUUGUGAUUUAGACAUAAUAGAGUAGAGAACGAAAAGAAAUGAAAAGGAAGGAAAUUAGGUUUGACUUUCCUCUUAGCUGGAUGAUUAAUAUCAAAAGAAUGCCGUGAUUCGACAAACGUUAUUGAAAGUAUCCCUUUCGAAAGGGAAGACCGUGUUACAAGAGUGUGAAAGCGAGCGAGAUAAGUGCGUUAGAUUAGCAAUGCAUAGCCAAUAUCGACGGAGAAGAGAUACCAUAGAUAUUCAAAGAAAGGUGAGAGUAAACUCUCACCUUUCCGGUUAUCCUCGUCGAUCCGUUUUCGUCCAUCGGUGUCGUAGAUAUAGCUGCUACAAAAGAUCGUUAUCAUUGAACAAAAGAUAUUAAAAUUUAACGUUAAUGAAAAAGAAUUUAACAGAAAAAAAGACAAGUAUAGUUGUUCCGUCGAGUUGACGAGCUGUUUUUUCCUUUCAAGAACAACGAAUAAGCUCGCAGCAAUGAACGCGUAUACGCUUGAAUCUUAUUAUUCAAGAAAAAAAAGUAAUUUCGAAGUAGUUUUCAUUCGAUUAAUUGCUACCUCGUGCUGUACUCUUGUUAAUGAAAGAAUCUUACAAGAGCGUUAUUCGUCGUUCUUGAAAAUAAAAAAUAUUUAGUCUUAUUGUUGAGGUGUCUCGGGAUGUCUCGACGUUAUUCUCUUUAAUAGUAUUUAAUAUUAUCGAUUUAUUCGUUCCAACGCACAUUUUCGUGCGUUAAUCCACCUCCUCGAGCACGUAUAAAAAGAGUGUCUUUAAGUUAAAGUGUACAAGAAAUAGUACAAUUUAGUGUUUCAACUCUUUUGGUACCGCAGUGUUCUUAUAAAGUUCUAUUUAUGAGCGGUUAUUAUCUAAAUUAGUUAUACGAGCUUUAAUAUUAAUUUUAUAAAUUUUAUUUGUGGUACUUUUUUUAUGUCAUAGCUCUGAUUGCAAUUAGCUGUAGUACUGAAAGGGUUAAAUGCAACAAACAUAUCACGUUUAAAGAAAAGUAAUCAAUCUGAUAUGAAAACAUAGUUUAUUUCUCAAAUUGUAUCACGUGCAUCGUUUGAUCUGUUGAACGAUGCGAAUGAAAGAAACGACCAAAGAAACUUAAAGACAGCCUGGAGAAAUUGACUCGGUAGUAAAAGGUAAAAGUUUCUCCCGUGAAUUAUAUUUUUAUAACAAUAGCGACGAUGGUUCAAGCUUGGUCUGCGAUUAGAUAACACGCCGGGCCAGCCCCAUAACUUUCUUCGUUGUGAAUAUUAUUAAGUUCCUGCGAGUUUCGCGCGACACUUUUUUUUUCCGUCGACAUUAUACAAUCUACUGUUCCCACGAGAAGCACGUUGCUUCCGUAUUUUUUUUAUUAUCAGUUCCGGAUCGUUACGAUCCUGCGAAAGCGACAUUAAACUCGGUGUUUAUACGAACCGGAACUAGAUCAAGGACUGUCAUCAGCGUCGCGAUUUAAAGAAAUGAAACAUGUAAAGAAACUCUUAGAAACGUCCUCGGAACGCGUUUCUCUUUCUCUGUAUUUUAUUUAAGAAAGAAACGAAAGAAGUUUCGAGAUGAGGUUUCAAAGUGUUUCCGAGAUAGAAAAAUAGAUUAUUUAAUAAGUCGAUUGUGAAAUAUUAACGAUUGAUAGAGGAGAAAAGUGCUCGAGGAGGGGCGUAACGCGCGGAAUUCAAUGAAUUAUUCCUAACCGCGGAUUUUACGGUUCGUGCCAGCCGCAAUGAGAAAAUAGGAAGGGGAGAUCUAUCACCGAUCCAUUUUUUCGCUUUUUUAAUACGAAACGCCACUUUUUCGAAUCUAUCGUCAUCGAUCUUUCCUCAUCCGUGUAUUUUACGAUCGUCGAUUGUGUUGAAGGUACAUCAGUAGAGAUACAUUUGUACAAAUAUUCGACCCUUCAACAUUUACACGUCUGUCAUUUUUCUUGUCUGGAAAAUUGAUUUCUUAACGUAACGAUACAACGAAUACGAGUUACUAUUUUAAAAAUGAUUAUACAGUAUAUUACUUUCAGAAGUUCAUACAAAGUAACGUUUGAAAUCUGUAUAAUUUGUAAUCUAUCAUUUGAAGAAAGCUUAAAUUAGUGAUACAGAAAGCUUUUCAUUUUGUAAUUAAGAGGGUCGAAUAUAGUGACAUUGUUCUUCGUCGCCGAUUGCGGGCCUAAAUCAUGAGGCAAACACAUACGUACACUCGCAUACAUCUACACGAAAAAAAUUCAUUCAACACUUGCACGCGAACAAAAGAAACGAAAGAUACAGAUAGAAGGGAAAAAAAAGAGAAAGCUUGGCGAUUCUUUUGUCAUCUAGUCAACGAACAUUUUUUUUUUUAUCCUAAUGAAGGAGAAACUUGUGAUAUUACGAAUCGAUUUCCUUUGGUUUUAGGCAUAAAGGUCCGAUAGUUGCGUGAAUAGUUCUUUUCUUUUCUUUAUGAACGAAAGACAAUCAGUGAUACGAGUCAAUGGUUUGUUUAUUUUGGCAAUCUUAAAUCACAUAGCUGACAAGGUGAGCCUUUCUCUUAUUAUAAUCAUUCCUUGCGACAUUCCUUUUUAAAUUGUACAGGUACAUGAAUUCAAUAAUUGGAGAUAUUAAUUCAAUAGCUUGUAAAUUAUUGAAUUUAAAUUUUUAAUUUGCCAUUUCAUCUUGAUAAUAUUCCAUGUUUUAUUGAAUACCUGUACAAUUUUAUCUUUCAUGCAUUUAAAUAAUUGAGUCGAUUGCUUGUUUCUAAACGUUUCUUCUUCUUUUUCUUUUUUAAAUUGUGUCCAGUUUCAACAGAGCAAUCGACUCCUCGUGUCAAAUUGUUAACAUUUCAUUGUGUCGUUUUUCUACUCUUCCAGUUUUAUACUUCCGCAAGAGCGUAAGGUGUCUUCAGUCUUCAAGGAUUACUUUCCUGGUUCAUCCAUUCAAGCUUCUAUCAUCGGUCGUCCUUUUUCAAUUCCUUUUCUUCAGGAAUACGCUAGCUUCAGGAUAAAGGACACAAACACACACACACAAAGGCACACAAACAGAUUCAUACAAAUUGUUCCUUCACGAACGUUCACUUUCCGGUUUGCAUGCUCCAAUUUUCUUCGUGUUAUACGAAUUCUUCAUUAAGGUGUGUUUUAGCCGUUAAGAGCGUGAAAUGUUAGAAAAAGGAAGGGCGGAGAGAGUGAGAAAGAGCCAGGAGGAAUUUCGAUUUCCACGAAAUCACAAGGAUUCAUAUAAUGUAUAUAUAUAUUUUUCCCAUGGUCGUAUCAGUCGUCUGGAUCAGUGUUCUUUAAUCUGCAUAAAAAGAAGUUUCUUCUUUAAUUUAUAUUACAAGUACAAUUGUAAUACAAUGUGGAAAUGUAACUUUUCCUUGGAUUUCAAAAUUUAUUGAAUUGGUAAGUGUAACUAAUUACAUUAGUUUAAUUUUGCUAAUUUUGCUUUGCAACGUUUAAAAAUUUAAUAAACCGAUAGAUAAUGAUCUUAUAACCAGAUAAUUUCUAAAUAUUCUAUAGGUAUAAAUUGAAGAAGAAAUUGAUGAAAUGAUAGAUGAACACUGAUCCAGUUCGAGCAACGAUCGUGAACGCUCCGCACACAUCUGUUUACUUCCUAAUCGAUAGGAGAAACGAGCAUUAAACUUAAGAUUUAGAUAGAGAAAAAGAAGAACAAAUUGUGAUUUGGAGGAUCUUCGAGGUCGGCUGAUGAAGAAGAUGGGAGAGACCGUGUGUGAAGCAUGGGAGACCUGCGCCAAGUCCAAAUUAUACAGGGUGUCUUGCAAUACUUCUGUUUAAACUAAAAGGUGGUGAUUUUGUUUAAGAAAAUAAGUCAAAACAUAGAGAAGGAAGUUUUCUCGAAAAUAAAGCCACGUGUAAAAGAAAUUUGUUAUAUAUCUUUGAUUUAUUUUUUCAUACAGAAUCACAGUUCUUCUACUAAUAUUAUAUAUUGAAAGACACCCUGCAUAUCACCGAUUCCAACUGUAUUAAAAUGCGUGAGAAAAAGGAAACGAGUGUGGAAUGGUUGUAGAAUGUGACUUGGCCGAUGUUCUCAAGAAAAUGUACUUAUGACAAAAGGGUAACAUGAGUCGUUAUUAUUAUUCAUAAUAUUUAAAGAGGGAUGAAAUUAAAAAUAAAGAAAGCUUUUAAUAUCCGA